AUGGCCCCUAAUCUUUGGUGCAUUUGUUCUCUUCAUCUUAACCCUGUCAUUAUUGAUACUGAUGCUCAACAGGUUACAUUCUCUAUAAACUUUAACAAUACUAACCUUUACCUUUCAGCCAUAUAUGCUUCAAUUAGUAACUUGAAAAGAAAAGAGCUUUGGCACAAGCUAAAUUUGUUACAAUCCCAAUUUGAUGCCCCCUGGUGUUUUAUAGGGGACUUUAAUGUUAUAUUAGGAGCUCAUGAGCACUGUGGAUCUUUAAACCCUGCUAGACCCCCCAUGCUUGAUUUCCAAGCUUGGACUGACCAAAACAACUUAAUUCAUCUCCCUACAAGAGGUGCUGAAUUCACUUGGGAUAACAAAAGAGGUGGUAGGAGACACAUUAAAAGGAGACUGGAUAGAAGCAUAUAUUCUCAUCAAUUUGCUUCUAGUUUCAAAUUUUUGAAGAUGUGGUCAUUGCAUAAAGACUGUAAGGAUCUAAUCUCUGAUUCUUGGAAUGGUAGAGUUAUUGGAAACCCUUUGUUUGUCUUGAGCACUAAACUUAAAAGACUGAAGCUCGUAUUGAAAACUUGGAACAAGGAGGUUUUUGGUAACAUUCACACAUAUGUCAAUGAGGCUGAGAAUGAACUAUCCAAUAUUCAAGCACAAAUUCAAAGUAGUGGUCACACUGAUCAAUUAAUGGCAGAUGAGAAGAAAGCUUUAACCAAUUUAGAUGAAGCACUUCUUAAACAAGAAUCCUUCUGA